AUGCAAGGAGUAUUACCUACAUAAUGUAGAGAUUUUAUGAAUAAACAAUAUUGGUAACGAUUCUUCAAAAAGAUAAAGAAAGAGGGUUAAUAAAAUGAAUUCUUUGAGUGGUAUGGUAAUUAUGAUAGCUAUAAUCAUUUGUUUAAAAAAUAUAUAAAAGUUGAAGAUAAUGUUUUUCAUGCAGGUUGUGGUAAAUCACUAUUAUCAGAAUAACUAUAUGAUAAUGGUAUUUGUAAAAAUAUAACUAAUGUUGAUUAUGAAAAAAUUGUAAUUAUUGAUUACUUAUACAUUUUAGUCAUUAGAUUAAAUGCGUAAAAGAUCUGAAAAUAAAAGACCUGAAAUGAUAUUUUAAUGUAUGUCUUUAACUGAAGAAAUCAAUAUUUAAUCAGAAUAAUUCGAUGUUAUUUUAGAUAAAGGAACUCUUGAUGCUAUAUUUCCAGAUGAAGAAACACCUUAAGUUAAUACUUAUUUAGCUAAUAUGUUAAGAAUAUUAAAGAAGAAUGGAAAGUUUAUCAUAAUUUCUUUAUUAUAAGAACAUAUUCUAAAAACACUAUUGUAAUUGCAAGUUAAUAUUUAAAUUUAUGAAUGCAUCAUUGAAAAAAGUAAGCUUUAUCCAUUUUUCAUUGUUAUUGAUAAAAGUGAGUAAAAAUCUAUAUAAUUUUAUCAAUUACAAAAGGAAGUUCAGAUUUUAUCUAUUAAAUAAGCCUAAGAAAUAAUUAAAAAAAUAUAAUUAUAGAAUCAUUUUGUUACAUCAAUCCAUAAACUUAGGUAAAGUCAAAGUUUUACCUUAGAUAUUUGGGAUAACAAUAAUAAAUAAACUCCUAGAUAUAAAUUAGAUAUCUAUGAUAAUGAUGAUAGUAAAAUUUUAUUAUAGAAAACUUGUGGAUGUUUUAUUGUUCCUUAAGGAAGAGAACAGUCUUUCUUAUUUGGAACUGAAUAGGGACACAAAGAAUUAAUUAAAUAAAUGAAAAUGUCAAGAUGUGUAAUAGCUCGUAUGAAUCCAGGUCAUAAAUUUAAUAAUAUGAAAUAAGUAUAAUAAGAAUUAUCUGAACCUAUGAAAUAAUUAAUACCUAAAGGAUGUACUAAUAUUCCCUGUCCAUUUUUAACAGAUGGAGAUGAAAUUGGAGAAAAAAAUAUCAUAUUUGAAGCAGAUGAUUGUAUUGUAGAAGAAUUAAAUAUUGAUGAUAUUACAUAUAGAAGACUAAUUAUUAAAAGUGCUUUAGAUUUAAUUUAGAGUGAAGCCAAAAUUAUAAAUAAUAAAGUAGAUAAUUCAUAUCUAGAUUUUGAAGCAUAUGUUGCUAUUGUUGCAGGAUUAGCAUUUAAUAAAGCUAAAGAAGUUCUUAUUUUAGGUGGAGGUGUUGGUUUAUUGAGUAGAUUUAUUAAUGAACAUUUUGGAGUCAAGGUUACUAAUAUUGAAUUAAGUGAAGAUAUUGUAAAUGUUGCAAAAACAUUCUUUGAUUUUUAAAAUACAGAUUCAGAAACUUUAGUAUGUUGUGAUGCACUUGAUUAUGUAGAUUAAACUUUAGAAUGUCAUCAAUAUGAUACCAUCAUUGUUGAUAUUAAUGGUAAUUUUUAUUUAUUAUAUUUUAGCAUCUCAAGCAAAUUAAUUAUCACCACCUAAAUAGUUCUUAUCUGCUGAAUUUCUUAAUAAACUCAAGACAUUACUUACACCUUAAGGAAUCAUUAUUAUUAAUGUCUUAGAUUCAUAAAAAUAAUUAACUCAAUUACCUUGGGAUCUAUAUUAUUCUAGGAAAUGUGAAAAUGAAAUUAAUGAGAUAUUUUAUUUAAUCAAUGCAUAAAAGGAAAAGAAAGAAUUAGAUGGAAAAGAGAUUGAUGUUAUAGAUAAAGGUCUCUUAGAUACUAUUACUCAAUAAUUAAAGGAAUCUAGAGGUAAUUUCUCUAAGGGAAAAUGGGACAAUUCUAUGAAUUUGGCUAAUGAAAUUGAUAAUAUUAAACUCAAAUAUCCUGUUUUUAAGACUUAGGCAUUUUAAACACAGUAAGCAUUACUUAUUUAGGAUGGAGAAGUGAUUAAUAAUCGAAAAGAUUUUUAUUAAGAAGAUUUAAAGAAAGUUUAAAAGAAAAAACAUAAUAGACGUAGAAAGAAUUGA